AUGCUCCUCGUGAAGGACAUUCACGCUAACUUCGGGAAAGAGAUUAGGGAGGUGAAGGAUAGGGUUGCUCAACAUGACAACCGCCUGUCGGAAGCUGAAACCCAAAUCAAGGAAGCUAAAACCCAAAUCGACCAAGUAAACAAUCGGGUUGAUUACGUGAUGGCUGACGUGAAGAAAACUCUGGACGACCUCAAACUGGGAGAUGGAACUACAGCUUCCGUAGUAGCUACUACACCUUCGCUACCUGGGUUCAAGGUGCCACCAUUCGACGGGACUUCUUCCUGGUCAGCCUACAAAAUCCAGUUCGAGGCUGUUAUGAAGACGAACGGCUGGAAUAAAAGUCAGGCCAUGACUGCUCUCACACUAGGCCUGCGCGACCAGGCCUUAACAGUUCUGGAAGCUCUCGGUGAGGAAGUGACUUAUGAGCAACUCCUUGAGGAAUUGGAGGCGAGAUAUGGCGACGCUCACCUGGAACACGUCUUUCGUGCGCAGCUUAAAGAUCGUGUGCAGCGCAUCAACGAAAACCUGCAGCAGUGGGCUCUAGAAGUGGAGAAGCUGGUGCGAAAAGCAUACCGGUCUGUACCUGCGCUCAUUGAAGGGAACCUGGUGCAGACAUUCAUCGACGGCAUCCGUGACCUGGAAGUCAGAGCUGCUGUGAGGCUCGGGCACCACGAGACGCUUAAGAACGCCUUGGCCCAUGCACUGGAGGUGGAAGCCGUGCGGCAGGAUCAUCGUUCCCAUCGCGUCAGGGAGGUUGCAGCAGCUACAGUCCGUGACCGCAGCAAAGGAUACAGCCCUAGGUGCUAUGGCUGUGGGGAAAAGGGCCAUCUUCGAUCCAGCUGCCCUAAACGAACCGUAGAAAGGAGAGUUGAUCGAUCUCGAGAGGGUAGUGCAGCUAACGGCACUGCCUGGCGGCGACAGGAUCAUCGUUCACCUCACGCUAGGGAGGUUACAGCAGUUACGGUUCGCGACCACAAUAAAAGAUACAGCCCUAGGUGCUAUGGCUGUGGGGUAAGGGGCCAUCUUCGGUCCAGCUGCCCUAAGCACACCCUAGGAAGGGAAGGUGAACGGUCUCAGAAAGGAAGUGCGGCUAACAGCACCGCCCAGCAGCAGUAG